AAAAUUGUUUCUGGAAAAAAAAUUUCGAAUGAGUUCUUUUUUAUAAUUUGCUAACCAGUCAAAGUGAGAGUAUAUUGAACACCUCUUUUAAAACAAAGAUUUUUUUUACCGAGAAAUUUUAGACGGCUGGAUUUAAUGUAAAAUGGAUCGAAACAAAUAAUGUGUACAUGUCCGUCAAAAUUGAAAGUUUUUGGUGCAAUAAAAAUUAUAAAAAGCAUAUCACAAAGUUUGUGUAAAUACAGUUAGGUCUGUUGGUUGAUAACCGUCAGAAUCACACUAACUCACAGAAAGAGAACGUCGGGAGCAGAGAGUUCAAGUUAUCUGAUAGUUGUCCUUAGAUUCCAGUCCCUUAAAUAGCCAUCACACACCUGUUUUAGCGACAUCUGCCCCUUGUUCGAUUCCAAUGUUGAAUUUGUUCUGGGAUUGAUAGCCAUCAGAAGAUUCCGAUCUAGCAAGUGUCCUCUGGUACACUCGGUUUAUACAGGAGCCGUGUGCUGUGACUGGCAGGGUAGCCCUGUACCACUGGAAUCACUAUAACAAUACAGAGACUCAAAUCCGCGCACCCCCAUUGUCUAUGGUGAUCGGUAUUAAAUGAACUAUCAAAUGUAUUGCGAUCUGCUGGUACAGAUAAAUGUUAUAUUUGAUUCUUUCGAUGAUAUCAGGUCAAUAAUUAAUUCCACAAUUAAAGUUUAAAUAUUGCAGUAAAUUUAUUUUGAUAAGACAGAUUAAGUCUGUCAGUUGUGAUGGGAAAAUACUGCCAAACUGGUUGGAUAUUUUCUUCCUCAGAGUUGGAGAAAUAUAUUUGGAAAAGCGUUAGUAUAUAUAUUGUUGAUUCUUCUUCAGAUCUGCUUUGAACUUAAAAUGAUGUGCUCUAAUUUACGAACGGCUGGUGGUAAUUUAUGCAAAUAUUUAAAAUGAAACAAAUUAAAGGACGUCAAAUUCCUACCAGGAUACUGACUUAAUGGGAUUAAUUUACGGGAUACCUACUUUAUGGACAUCAAAUUCUAAUUAGCUGAUUGAAAUUCAAGUAUAAAAUGCAUCCACCGAAACCUGCUAGUUCAUCUUCGAGAUUGAAGGCGAAGAAAAAACACACCAUGAAAGACAUCGAGGAAUGGAUGACAAAGGACUUAACGUUAGACCUCAACCAGGGAAAUACCCGGAUGUCAGGAAAAAAUGACGACACAGUGACAGAGGUCCGGAUGCUGAAGGCCAGGCUGAUCGAUCUUGGCGUCGAACGCUACAAGUUCCUCUCACAAUUUAGUCACGAGAAACAGAAGUUUCUGGAGAACAGAAAGCGCAAAGAAGUGAGCGCUAAAAACGUGCGAUCUUACUCCACGAUGAGCGAGCCCAUCAUGAGCUACGGGAGACCCAGUACAACCUCUUCCCGCCAUUCGGGAAACGAACGCAGUGACGCCGCGAGCGUGGUGUCCCGGAAAACCGAAUUUAAAAGUCCCAAGGAGUUCGUACAGUCCAACCAGCCCCAUCAUCGGGCACCCCAGCCUCAGCGAGCAAAGACAGUCCAGUUCACCCCUCAGCCCCUUCACAACAAGCUCCGCCCCAGGGACAGUCGGACCGUGGUCAGUGAGCCCGCUCGGCCCGGGCUGAGCCGUGAGAACACCACCGCCUCCAGUGUGUACAGCUCAGUCUCCUCCUUCAAGCGGGACGAGGAAGCCCAGAGGGCGCGCCGGAAUAGACUCAGUAAAUUUGGCGGGAAAUGUCCCAGUGUGGCUGGCGACCCUCGUUACGCUCUGCUAGAGAAAGCUUUGUCCUCCACGUACGACAAAAGAAUCAAAACAAGCGUGACAAAUAUAGUGGACACAAUAGAGUCCCUCCACAAACCCUCCAAAAGUGCCAAGGAAGCCAAACCCAAGUGGGAAGAGAAAAUCUACGCCUUUAUGAAAGAAGUUGGAAUCAGCUGGGCGAAGGACUGAACAUAGAUACCCCAGGAAUUAUCUCGUUCACGCGUGUUGCAUUUCAAGGAGUUGUCCUCGAACUGACGGAUUUUCUUGGUAAAUUCAUGCGUUAAUCUAAGGAUGUUAUUGAUUUUUAUUGCCAAUUACUUAUCCUUUCCUUUAGUUUGAUUUUCAAAUUUAUUAAGGACCAAAUUAUUAUGAACCUGAAUUAUUGAUGGUAGAUCUAUCAUAAAUGUGGAGAAAUAAGUAAUUUAGUUAUUGCCUAUGGAUUUCCAAGAAAUAUUUUAAAUUUGAAAUCACUGAUAUUUUAACUCAUUUUUUGUUCAAUACUUGAUUUGAUGAUUAAAAUGAAUUAAUGAGUUGGUGCGCGUCACAACUAACUUUGUACAUUAAAAUUAUUCAUCAAUAUCAUUAAAUAUCACAAUACCACCAAUGAGUUUCCACAAAAGAGAUGAGAAUCCACAAAACUGUUGCAUUUAAAAAAUGACAAUUUAUUUGAAUCAUAUACAGUGUAAAUGUUACAUUUGAUUUGAAGUUGCAUUUGUUCAAAUUAUUGAUUACAUUCUGUUGUUAUCUUCUAAUUAGUUGUUUUAAAUAAUCAUUAUUUGGUGGAUGCUCUCUGUAUUGAUUUUAAUGGUUCCUGUGGUAUGCAAUUUGCGAGCAUUUAUGAAAAAUAACAGACAAUUCAAUUUCUGCAAUGGUCCUAUGAAACGACCACCAAGUUCAAGUUCAUUUUUUUUCACUCAUAUAAUGUUACAUGAGGUGCAGAAGAAUUAUAUACAAAAGAAUAAGAA